AUGUAUGUAGGACGGGCUCUGAGACAGACGGGGAGCGUCCACGAGACACGCCGGACAGUGGCGAGCGGAUGGAAGCAGAAGCCCAGUGAAAGUAUUUACAUAACUAGCACCUCAGUGUCCCUUCUGGUGCUGCUACUCAAGCUUCCCAUGUGUGCAUCUGAUAUUGACUUGGCACGGUUUGGCUGCCGCAUGCUGUGGGUAAGGGACCUGUGGAGGUCAAGGGCCGGCGGAGGGCUUAUAUGCGAGCUCUAUUCGUAUAUUGGGCCGGUGGCAGUGAUUGUAACUGUGGCAGCUGGCGAGAUGAUGUUAGCAUUGCACCUGUCCCGCCAAAGCACCUGCGAGGCCGUCGCCAAGCUUCUCCCCGUGCGGUUCGCGCCGAACCUGGGGCUGUACCUGUGGCAGACGGACGGCCCGGCCUACAAGCGCAUCGCCUUCUCGCCCGCCUACCUGUCCUUCAGCUUCCGGGCCAACAACACGGGCUCGCAGACGCUCGUCAUCAAGGUCCCCUUCCGCCUCCUCAGCCUGACCCUGACCCAGCCCAUCGUCGGCUCCCCGACCCAGUACUUCCCCUGCAGCGGCCCCCGCGUGCUGGGCCCACGGCUCGGCCGCGCCUUUCUGCAAGCCGCCUUCGUCGCCGUCAACUUGGGCGAGAACUACAGGGGAUCGUGGAUCCUGGCCCAGGCGCCCGGCCCCAACAUCCCCGGCGCCGUGGACCCGACGUCCAUCAAGCCGCUGGAUACAGCGCUCUGCGCCUCGCGAGACUCCUGGGAGAACAGCUGGGACGGCAUCUGGUCCCUGAUCGCGGCCGACGGCUCGCAGGAAGACGUCAAGCCGCUGCCAAAUACAACGACGGGCGCCGUCGCAUCCGAGCCUCCACCCAGCCCGCCGCCCGUGGCGCUCAUUGCCGGCAUGGUGGUCAUGUCGGUGGUCAUCGUCGUCCUCGCGGCCGCGCUGGCCUUCUUCCUCGUCCGCCGGAGAAGGAAGGGGAGGGGCAGCAAGCUGCAGGCGGGGCUGGACCCGGACGGGCCAGAGCGCCACGAGCUGCACGCGCCCAGCGGCGCCCCCGCCAAGAGCACGUUUGGUGGCGGGACGAGCGGAGAGGAGGCGGGAAAAGAGCUAUGCGUGGCGUCUCCGUACUCGGCAGCGACAGCGAGCUCGCCCUUUUCGGCGGCGACUACGUACGCGGAGCUCUCGCCGGACGGGAGGUACACGCACGACGCAAGAUUACCAGGUCUGCCGUACAAGUGGCAAAGCCACCAGCAGCCAGUGGAGCUGGAUGGCGGCGUGUGGUCUCCGUCUAGGGAGGCAUCGCCCGCAGCUCGGCAGUCGUCGCCACAUCACCAGGGUCACCGGCCGCGGAGUCCUUCUCGCAGCUUUUUCUCAUAA